AUGACGUUCACUUUCAAUCAGAAUGUCUCGGCACAACAGCUGGCCGACAUCCUACCGAACGGCGUCGCCAUCCUCACCCAUCGAUAUGAACUGGUCUCCGUGAAUCGCCGAUUCCGGGAACUCAUCCCAUGCCCUAGCGUCAACUUCUCCGAGUGUUGGUUACGCUCAGUCCAUCCAGACGACUAUGACCGGGUGUCUACUGGGUAUCGCGAGGUAGCAACCUCCAAACAACCGCUACGUCUCGAAUACCACACGCGCGACCCGGACUCGAUAUGGUGCGUGAUGACUUUGGAUCGACUGGAUGAUAAGGAUGUACAAUGUUUUGGACUAGGCGACGGCGGCGUAUUUAUCUGUACAAUCGCAGAUAUCACCCCGGAGAAAAAGGCAGAACUCCUACAGAGGCAGGCUGCGGAAGAGGCCCAGGAACGCAAGAAGCAACAAGAGCGAUUCAUCGAUAUGAUCAGCCACGAAAUUCGCAAUCCUCUAUCUGCGAUAGUUCAUUGUACAGAGGAUAUUCAAGAGGCAAUCUAUAACAAGAAGCCGGAUGAAAUCUCAGUCACGAACAUCACCGAGGCAGCCGAGACAAUCAGUCUCUGCAUCAGACAUCAAAAGAAAAUCGUCAAUGAUGUUCUCACCUUUUCAAAACUUGACGCGUCAAUGCUGCCGCUGUCACCACGAAAGGUCCAGCCACAACGGCAUCUCACCAUUCCGAUGGCGAUAUUCCGACCUGAACUCCGAAAGCACAAGAUAAAUUUUGAAUACAAGGCCGAUGUUUCCUAUUCUAAAUGUGACAUUGAUUGGGUAAUGGCAGAUUUAGAUCGAAUGGGCCAGGUUCUCGUCAACAUACUCUCCAAUGCUAUCAAAUUCACCGCCCAAUCGGAUGGUCAGCGAUCGAUCCGAGUCUCAGUUGGUGCUUCGGUCGAACGUCCAAGCUCGUAUCCGCCAAAUAUAGUCUUCUUCGAUUCAGGAAAAUCCGCGCUCCGUCAAGACGCGACUAACAAAUCCGAAUGGGGAAGUGGCGAAGUGGCAUAUAUCAUGGUCGCUGUCAAGGACUCGGGUAUUGGGGUCACUGAGGAUGCCCAGAAACGGCUCUUUGAGCGUUUCAACCAAGCAACUCCCAAAACCGAGAGCAUCUACGGUGGCUCUGGCCUUGGUCUCAAUGUGUGUAGGAAGCUCUGCCACCUUCAUGGGGGUGAGAUUGGUGUGAGCUCCAAGAAAUCCCACGGGAGUACCUUUGGGUUCUUUUUCAAAGUGCGCAGAACAACCGGCGAAGGUGUUGAAGUGGAUGAAAGCUUUGGUGUAUCUGUGAUCGAUAAACUCUGUGUUGACAUCCAGACACUGGGAAAUAAAAUGAGUGGUGUCAAUCAAUCCACGGAAGAGCCCCAGAUACCGGAAACCCCCGCCGAAGAUAGCGUCUUUGAGGCACAUCCAGGUGGCCCGAAAGACAAAAACACAAUUCGCACCCACAGUAUAGCCCGCCAGGUCGAGAACGAACAGAUCAAACGGGCAAAUCAAAAUCCUUUGUCUCAUCGUGAUCACGAAAAGCUAACCGGCGACGGUCAGCGUAUUCUCUUGGUUGAGGAUAACGUUCUCAACAGGCGAAUAAUCUCGCGCAAAUUGAGUACACUGGGAUUUGAUAUAUCGGAAGCGAGCAACGGAAAAGAGGCAGUAGAUGCAAAUAAGAAUGACACAUUCGACUGCAUUCUCAUGGACCAGCAGAUGCCUGUGAUGGACGGCAACUGUGCCACGAAAGCAAUUCGCGACAUUGAAAAAGAAACUGGAGGACAUGUACCCAUACUGGGACUCACCGCGAAUAUCAGAGAAGAACAACAACAGGAAAUGAUUGGUGCUGGAAUGGAUGAUAUCAUCCAUAAGCCUUAUGGGACUUCUGAGCUUGUUGAAAAGAUCAAUUGCAUGGUUUCGAAGGAAGGGAGCACAUGA